AUAGGCAACGAAAGCAACAACAGUAACAUAAAUUGAACUUAUUAGUUGAAACGCGACAAGUACAAAGAACAGAGCGAGUACUCGUCUUCAACUGUUGUAUUGUACAGUACUCUUCUUCAGUUCGCCCCUUCCUCAGUGAAAACUACCAUCGCUAUGGCCAUGAAACGUGCUGCUUCCUCUGCUGUUCGUUCCCUUCUCACUGCUCCAACACCAAACCCUUCUUCUUCCAUUUUCUCUAGGAACCUUCAUGCCUCUGGUGGAAAGAAGAAGAUUGUGGGGGUGUUCUACAAGGCUAAUGAGUAUGCUGCCCUCAAUCCCAAUUUUGUGGGUUGUGUUGAAGGAGCACUGGGAAUUCGCGAGUGGCUCGAAGCACAGGGUCAUGAAUAUAUCGUCACUGAUGACAAAGAAGGACUUGAUUCUGAACUUGAGAAACACAUUCCUGAUCUCCAUGUCCUCAUAUCUACCCCAUUUCACCCGGCCUAUGUGACUGCUGAGAGAAUCAAGAAAGCGAAAAAUUUAGAGCUGCUUUUGACUGCUGGCAUUGGUUCUGAUCACAUUGACCUCAAUGCUGCCGCUGCUGCUGGUUUAACUGUGGCUGAGGUCACGGGAAGCAACACCGUGUCCGUUGCAGAGGAUGAACUCAUGAGAAUCCUCAUUCUAGUGAGGAAUUUCUUGCCUGGGUACCAUCAGGCCAUUACUGGAGAAUGGAAUGUUGCUGGCAUUGCUCAUAGAGCUUAUGAUCUUGAAGGAAAGACCAUAGGAACGGUUGGUGCCGGACGAAUUGGGAAGCUUUUACUCCAAAGGUUGAAACCUUUUAACUGUAAUCUUCUAUAUCAUGAUCGCCUUAAGAUGGAACCCGAAUUGGAGAAGGAAAUUGGAGCGAAGUUUGAGGAGGACCUAGAUGCAAUGCUUCCAAAGUGUGAUGUUAUUGUUAUCAACACCCCUCUCACUGAUAAGACAAGAGGAUUGUUCGACAAAAAUAGAAUUGCUAAGUUGAAGAAGGGUGUCUUGAUUGUUAACAAUGCUCGAGGGGCAAUUAUGGACACCCAAGCAGUUGCUGAUGCUUGCUCUAGUGGGCACAUUGCAGGUUAUAGUGGCGAUGUUUGGUUCCCGCAACCAGCUCCAAAAGAUCAUCCAUGGCGCUACAUGCCUAACCAUGCUAUGACUCCUCACAUUUCUGGUACCACCAUUGAUGCACAGUUACGUUAUGCUGCUGGGGUCAAAGAUAUGCUGGAGAGGCACUUUAAGGGUGAAGACUUCCCUGAACAAAACUACAUUGUCAAGGAGGGUCAACUAGCAAGCCAAUAUCGUUGAAGUAGUGUGUAUCAGAGUGGUUCCAAUCUUCCAUUUUUAAGGCCAGACUAAAUAAAGAUAUGUAGGGCAUUUUACUGAUGUACUUGCUUUUAUCGGAUGGAAGAGUCAAAAUAAGCGAAUUAAUCGAUGAAUUAAUAAAAUGUUAGACUUUCAUGUUCUUGUUAAA